AUGCGGCGGCGGCCGCUGCUGGCGCUGGGCCUGGCCGCGGUCCUGGCGACGCUGGACGCGGCGUACGGGCAGCACCGAGCAGAUUACGACCGGGAGGCGUUGCUAGGAGGGCAGGAGGAGGCGGAGGAGUACGCGCGGCUCAGCCCGGAAGAGCAGCAGAGGCGGCUGAAGGCCAUCGUGCGGAGGAUCGACGCGGAUAACGACGGCCUGCUCAGCAAGGAUGAGCUGAGCUCCUGGAUACAGCAGUCAUUUAAACACUACGUUACGCAAGAAGCUAAGCAACACUUCCACGACUAUGACAAAAAUGGUGAUGGAUUGGUGUCUUGGAAGGAGUACAACUUACAAAUGUAUGAUCGUGUAAUUGAUUUUGAUGAGAAUACUGUCCUGGAGGAUCAAGAAGAAGAAUCAUUUCGACAGCUUCAUUUAAAGGAGAAAAAGCGUUUUGAAAAAGCUAACAGGGAUGAUGAUCCUGAUCUAAAUGUGGAUGAAUUUAUCGCUUUUGAACAUCCUGAAGAAGUGGAGUAUAUGAUGGACUUUGUCACUGAGGAGGCUUUAGAAGAACACGAUAAAGAUGGUGAUGGAUUUGUGAGCCUGGAAGAAUUCCUUGGUGAUUACAGAAGAGACCCAACUGCCAAGGAAGAUCCAGAAUGGAUACUUGUUGAGAAGGAUCGAUUUGUGAAUGACUACGACAAGGAUAAUGAUGGGAAACUCAACCCUCAAGAGCUGUUAUCCUGGAUAGUGCCCAAUAACCAGGGGAUUGCACAAGAGGAGGCUCUUCACCUGAUUGAAGAAAUGGAUCUGAAUGAUGAUAAAAAGCUUUCUGAGGCAGAAAUCCUUAAGAACCAGGAUUUGUUUCUUAACAGCGAAGCCACCGAUUACGGCAGGCAGCUUCACGACGAACGUUUCUACCACGAAGAACUUUAGAUUAUUUAUUUUGUAAUCUGUUUUUCUUCCCUUCCUUUCAUUGGGAGCCUUUGUUGAAUGCACUCACUUUUCAGCUUUGUUGGAAGUUUUGUGCUGUAAUUACAAUAGAAUAACAUUUGUGUAAAUACUUGGCACUCAGAAUUCAAUUGCCUUCCUGCAGACAUCCUUAGGCCUCUUCCCGCCUUCAAAAUUAAUCUUAAAUACUUAUUCCAAAAUUACAUAGCAAUGGGAAGGAAAUUAGUUAAGGUAUAGUACUGCAUUGUGCAGGGCUGUGUGACUACACUUCAAAUAAAUGGAGAAUCUAAAUGGUUGUGAAGGAAUUCAAAACAGAAAAUGAGACUACUAUUUUUUCUAAUCAGUUUAAUUAGGGAGGAGAGCAGAGAAGAUAGAGGGAAGAAGUUCAGAGUGAGUAUUAACUGUGUUUUAUUUAAUACGUUUGGAGAAACACUUAGGUUAAAUGCCUCAAUUGUUUAAGAGGUUUCUACUUAUUGUUAAAUGGUUCCUAUAAUGUGUUUUACUGUAUUACAAAAAGGAAAAACCCGCUAUUUUUACAUCUACAGACAAUAAUUGUUUUUAUGUACAGUUCUACAACACUGGCAAUAUGAUGGUAUUUUACAUUGUCAAGAACUUCUUCAUUUGUUGGAUUAAAACCAAAAAAAAUUGCA